AUGGAUUCAGUCAAUGAAGAAGGGGCCCCAAAGCCUGGACACUGGCCAGUUCCUCCUCAGGAAGAUCAACCCAUCAGUAAAGACCGCAUAUGGAUUGACGGAUGUUUCGACUUCAGCCAUCAUGGUCAUGCUGGAGCCAUGCUUCAAGCCCGACGCCUGGGCAAAGAACUCUUGGUUGGUAUUCAUUCCGAUGAGGACAUCCUCGAGAACAAAGGACCAACCGUCAUGACCUUGCAAGAACGGGUAGCGGCAGUGGAUGCUUGUCGGUGGUCUACUCUAUCUGUUCCCUACGCUCCUUAUGUCACGUCUCUACCCUGGAUCUCACAUUAUGGAUGCUGGUAUGUUGUCCAUGGAGACGAUAUCACUUCUGAUAGCAACGGCGGGGACUGCUACAGGUUUGUGAAAGCUGCUGGACGGUUUCUGGUUGUCAAGCGUACACCAGGCAUCUCAACCACUGAUUUGGUGGGUAGGAUGCUGCUGUGUACUAGAACUCAUUUCAUCAGGUCUUUGACCGAUGUCCUUGAAGGAAGAGAGGGGUCAGAGACCGACGAAGAGAAGGUUGCGACUGGUUCCACAAUGCUGCAGCGAAUCCGGGAUUACGCUACAGAUGAGAGUGGUCUCCAGCCUGGCCCAGAAGUCUGGACGUGGCUAGGAUCUUCUUCGGCCAAAGUUGUUGGUGGACAAUCUGAAAAAGGCUCAUUCACCAGGAUGGUACAAGGUGUCGGCCCAUUGCCUGGACAACGUAUCGUCUAUGUGGACGGCGGGUUUGAUCUCUUUUCUUCCGGACACAUCGAAUUCCUACGUCAGGUGAACGAAAGUGAGAAUGGCGCGGCUUAUAUUGUGGCUGGAGUGCACGAUGACAGUGUCAUCAAUUAUUGGAAGGGUCUAAACUAUCCGAUCAUGAACAUCUACGAGCGUGGCCUUUGCGUAUUACAGUGCAAGUACGUGUCAGCAGUCAUCUUCUCGGCUCCAUUCAGCCCAAAUAAGGCAUUUCUCCAGAACAUCCCAUUCGGCCAGGUUUCGGCAGUUUACCAUGGCCCGACCACUUUCAUGCCUUUGACAUAUGACCCAUAUCUUGACGCCAAGGACAUGGGAAUUUUCAAACAAGUGCAGCCACAUGGUUUUGAGCAAGUCAAUGCAGGCGAGAUCGUUGACAGGAUUCUUAAAGCUCGAGAGGUGUUUGCAGAGAGACAGCGAAAGAAGGCGGAGAAAGCGGUCGGAGAAGAGGCAGCACGGAGAAGAGAGGAGAUCGAGGGAGAAGCUGCUGGGUGA